AUGUCAAAUGAUCGUCAACGUGCACGUCAACUAAAAUAUCAUGUUAAUCAAUUAUUAUCAGAAUUACGUAUAAUUGAAUCAAAUAAUAAUAUUCCACCACCAUUAAAUAUAUCAAUUAAUUCACAAUUAACAACAAUAACACAUGAAGAAAAUUGUUGUCCACUUCUACCAUAUAAACAAAAACCAGUUAUAUUACAUUCAACAACAAAUAAUGAAUGUCGAAAAAAAUCAAAAAAAUUUUUAUUUGCUAUAUCAAUACAAGCAACAAGUACACCAAAAAAUUCUCCAAUUCAUAAUAGAUUUAUAAUUAAACCUCAUUAUACAUCAACACCAAGACGUAGUAAAUGUCAUUCAAUUGGUUUAGCUUUACCAUCAAAUAAUAUUAUUCCAUUAAAACGUCUUCUAUAUAAUAAAGAUAAUAAACAACAUAAACGUCGACAUUCAUCUGUACCAUUUUCAAAACGUUCAAAUUUUCCACGUUUAUAUCCAAUUGAUGAAAAUUCACAAUGGAUUUAA